AUGCCCCUGGAACGCCUGGAAGAUGAAGGUCUUGAGAAGAUCCCCAACCUUAAGCUAGCGCAAUGGACAUUUCGUGCUGGCUUAGAAAAAACAUUUGAACUUUUGCGUAAGCAGCUUCUGGAGAAAAUCACCAAAUGUAUUCAGGAUGAUAAUAUGGCUCCAUAUUACGAACUUGUGUGUAAAGAGCUUAAUCUACCAAUUGACCAACGAAUCUUGAAAUCUAUGCAGUCAGUAAAUGAAGCCAAAAUUAAGGAGUUAGAUGCAAAGAUUAAAGAUGCGGAAGAGAAUCUAGGUGAUACAGAAAUCAGAACCGCCAUGAUGGAAAAAGCUCACUAUCUUAGUAAGAUUGGUGACAAGGAAGGUUCUCUACACAAUUUUCCAUAUCAUACGAAUUGGAUUCUUUUUGGAGAUAGAGAUUUGGUUACAAAGAACAUAGAAAAGGCAAACAGCCUAAUUGAAGAAGGUGGAGAUUGGGAUAGACGAAAUCGACUUAAAGUUUACCGUGGUUUAUAUAGUAUGUCAGUUCGAGAUUUCGAUACUGCUGCUAAGAACUUCCUUGAUGCUGUCGCCACAUUUACUAGUUAUGAGUUAAUGGAUUAUAAAACGUUUAUCAUAUAUACAGUUAUGUCUGCAAUGAUUGCACUUAAACGCCCGGAUCUUCGAGAAAAGGUUGUUCGUGGAUCAGAAAUUCAAGAAGUUCUGCAUGGAUUACCUACUGUACGUGAAUAUCUCAUGUCCUUAUUUGAUUGUCGUUAUGCUGACUUCUUCCUUUCACUUGCUGGAGUUGAACAGUUCAUGAGUUGUGAUCGUUAUUUACACUUACAUACAUGUUACUACGUUCGUGAAAUGCGUAUUCAUGCAUUAAGUCAACAUUUGGAUUCAUAUAGUAGUUUAAGUUUAGAUAGUAUGGCCGCAUCGUUUGGUGUAACUCCAGCAUUUUUGGAUGCUGAAUUAUCACGUUUCAUAGCCAAUGGUCGAUUAGCUUGUAAAAUGGAUAAGGUUUCAGGUAUUAUUGAGACAACACGUCCAGAUAACUUGAAUUUUCAAUAUCAGACUAUGAUUAAACAAGGUGAUAUUCUACUGAAUCGAAUUCAAAAACUGAGUCAGGUUAUCAAUAUAUAG